AUGGACUUCCACCUCGUGCCCCACGGCACUGACCGCAACUACACAGGCUUCUUUACCAAGACAAUAGUCUACACCGGGACGCUAGUCAUCUUCCUCGCCUCUCUCGGCUUGACUAUAGCAUCCAUCGUCGUUCCCAAAUGGGUCACCUACCAAAGUGACAAGCCCAACUAUGACUACUCCUACGGGCUCCACCGCCGCUGCUCCUCCAUCACAGACACCUGCGAAAGCUUCCCACAGCGCGAGGAUUGCCAUGGCGAAGAUCGGUAUUUCUGCUCCAUGUGGCGCUCGGUCGGGUUCCUCAUGUCCUUUGCGAUCGUGCUCCAGGGCAUCAGCGUCGUGACAUACCUGGUCAUUCUCUCCGGGGGCAAGCGCUUGCGCGAGAACGGGUGGUCUUUUCUCAGCUUAAUGGUCGGGUUGUCGGCCAUUGUGCAGGCUGCCGGCAUGUCGAUUGUGGCGUAUCUGUUUGACAAUGAAGAUCGGUUCUUUGUCGGCUGGAAACUCGAUCAAUCUUGGGUCUUCUGCACUGUCAGCUGGUGCAUCAGUCUGUUCUGCGCCGGCGCAGUCAUUCUGGCUGCUAAGGUCUUGCCCUCUGAGGGGGGCUAUGAGUUGAUUCCUGACCAUGACGAUCUUAGAAUCACUUGA